AUGGAGGCUCUUCACUCUUGUCCCACGGCGUCAGGCGUCUCGUCGCUAAGCCUGACACAAUCAUGCGGCACCGCCAGACUAUUCUCCUCUAACUCCACGCAACCACUCCGGCUCACGCCGAAAGUUCCCGUCGUUGUUUCUUCCUCCUCUUUCACGAACCGGUAUUCCGGAGCGUCAGAUUCGUCGCACCGCGGCUGUGCACAGAGCAUCCGGGCGAAUGGCAUCGGUCCGAACAGCUCCAACCCCCCAGCGUGCGAGUUCGGGCCGUGGGAUUCGCGAAUCGGCGCAUCAGCUGUUCCCGACCCGUCCGUCUCUUUCGUCGAAGAAUCCUUCGAGGCUGACCUGGAGGAAUUGUCGGAGUCGGAUAACAUCAAGGCUGACGAUCUCGUUAACGGAGCUCUGUCAACGUCAGUCAACGCAGGGGACCAUGCGGCUAUUGAGUACAUGUCGGAGGAGGAAGUGGAAGACGGAAGCGCAACGGUGCCGGAGUUGACGGAGAUGGAGGAUGCGGGCGUGGGGAGCUGGGAGCACCGAAUGAAAGCCGUGGAGAGCUUGGCGGAGGGCCUUAUGCCGCCGUGGGAGCAGGAGGGUUUGAUGAAGGACGUUUCGGGGUUGAGUGUUGACGCGCUGGUAUCUGCCGAUGCGGUGUACAACAAAGAGCUAAGCUGGUUGGCGUUCAACUGGCGCGUGCUCUACCAGGCGUUGGACAAGCGCACGCCGCUCAUGGAGCGCCUUCGCUUCUUGGCCAUCACGGCGCGCAAUUUGGACGAGUUCUUCUGCAAGCGCGUGGGCGCGUUGAAGCGGCAGCAGGCGGUGGGCAUGGCGAACCUCAUCGGCCACCGCAGCAGCUGGCUCUGGACGCCCAGCCAAUCGCUGAAAAUCGUCGCCAGGGAGGUGGAGCAGUUUGUGCAGAUGCAGCUGCAGUGCCUGCAGCAGGACCUGCUGCCGUCGCUGCGCAAGCACGGCAUCAGCAUCGUGCAUUGGGACGAGCUCGAGUCGCCGGCCAAGGAAAAGCUGCGCGCGUACUACAGGGCGUGGCUGGAGCCCAUUAUUACACCGUUGGCAGUGGAUCCCGGCCAUCCCUUCCCCUUCAUUGGCAACAUGUCCCUCGGCAUUGCUGUGGCGCUAAGGGAUCCAGUGGACGACGACCACGAGUUUGCCAUUGUGUCCGUGCCCAACAGGUGCAACCGCUGGCACCCACUCGUGCGCCCAAAUGAGGAGGGCAGCAACGAGGAGCGCAACACGUUCAUCUCAGUGGAGGAAAUCAUCAAGGCCAACCUUAGAUCGCUGUUCGGAGGCAUGGAGAUCACGUCUGCGCACUUUUUCCGAGUAACACGCAAUGCGGAUGUGGAACGCAACGAGGAUGAGGCGGAGGAUCUACUCGAGAUGAUUACGGACGAGAUGCGCGAGCGCAAGUUCGCCCCAUUCGUGCGCCUGGAGGUGGACUGCGAGAUGCCUGAGGAGGUGCUGCUGAAGCUCUCCCAGGAGCUGGGGCUCGACUCUCACGAUGAUGUGUACCGCCUGUGCGGCCCGCUCGGCCUGGGAGAGAUCGACACCAUACCUGUGAAUCUGGACGAGAACGCCAAGAGGGAGAUCGUCUUCUCCUCCUGGGCGCCUCAGACCCACCCACGCCUCAAAGGGGCGGACAUAUUCGACACCAUAAGGCACGGGGACGUGUUGGUGCAUCACCCCUACCACAGCUUCGGCACCUCCACACAGCACUUUGUCGAGGCUGCUGCUCGAGACCCCAAGCACUUUGUCGAGGCUGCUGCUCGUGACCCCAAGGUGCAAGCCAUCAAAGCCACUCUAUACCGCACGUCAGCGGACAGCCCAGUGAUCUCAGCGCUCAUCAAGGCAGCAGAGUACGGCAAGCAGGUGGCCGUGCUGGUGGAGCUUAAAGCCCGCUUCGACGAAGCGCGGAACGUGGGAUUCGCACAGAAGCUAGAGAACGCAGGGUGCCACGUGGCGUACGGGCUGGUGGGGCUGAAGACGCACUGCAAGUGCAUCAUGGUGGUGCGCGAGGAGGAGGAGGGCUUCCGCACCUACGUGCACAUCGGCACCGGCAACUACAACCCCCGCACCGCCUCUGUUUACACGGAUUUCGGGCUGUUCAGCUGCCGGCCAGAGCUAGGCGAGGACGUGCGGGAUCUGUUCAAGUACCUGACGGGAUACCACCGGCAGAACAAGUACAACCGCCUGCUGGUCGCCCCGGGCACCAUGCGAAGGGAGUUCCUCCGCCUCAUCGACCGCGAGAUUGCCAACGCAGCAGCGGGCCUCCCUGCCCACGUGGUCAUCAAAUGCAACGGUUUGGAUGAUGAAGUGAUGGUUGCAAAGAUUUAUGAAGCGGUGGGGAGCGGUGUGAAGGUGGACUGCAUCGUGCGGGGCAUGUGCAGGCUGCGGCCGGGGGUGCCGGGCGUGAGCGAGAACCUGCGGGUCGUGAGCAUCAUUGGGCGGUUCCUGGAGCACCACCGAAUUUUCAAGUUUGAGAACGGCGGAGACCCCCAGUACUACAUCGGGUCAGCGGACUGGAUGAGCCGCAACCUCACGCGGCGAGUGGAGGUGGUAACGCCCGUGGAGGACCGCGGAGACCCCCAGUACUACAUCGGGUCGGCCGACUGGAUGAGCCGCAACCUGACACGGCGAGUGGAGGUGGUAACCCCCGUGGAGGACCGCGCAAUCAAAUCCGAGCUGCAGUUCAUCAUCGACGCGUGCCUGUUUGACAAGCGCCAGGCGUGGCAGCUACAGCCGGACGGGCGGUACCGGCUGAUGGGCGUGUCGCAGCAGUGGCUGAGCGCGCAGGGAGGGAAGCUGCCGAAGCCGAGCAAGGAGAACAAGCUUCACCGCGCGGAGCACCUGGGUCUGCACCAGGCGAUCAUGGAUCUCACUUUGCGACGGACGAAGACGGCUCGCAAGGUGAGCUUGAAGAAGAAGGAUGGCAGCCCACCCAAGGCACGGCGGUUCUUGGAGUCGCUAUACGACAGCAGCACGCCUUGA